AUGGGUGGUCGGCUGAUUCUUUGCUCCGCGCUGCUUCUGCGAGCGGAAGCGGAGACGGUGGAGUGGAGCCCCCGACCACCGAUCUAUGAACACCUCGGUCAGAAGUCGCUGUAUCCACCAGACGGCACGGUGGAUUUGCUGAGUGGAAGCCAUUGCGAUCUCUCCAAGCGAAGCCUUGGACGGACCUGGCUGGUGGAGUUUUACCACUCAAGCUGCCCACAUUGCUGGUACUUUGCUCCAGUCUUUCGACAGCUUGGCGCCGCAUAUCGUGGCAGCGAAUCAGUUCAUGUGGCUGCCUGCAACUGCAUGGAAAAGGAGAACCAGAAGGCCUGCGAUGCCAUGCAGAUCUACAGAUACCCCACAGUUCAAGUUUUUCAGGCCGGUGAGGAGGGCGCAAAGAAGCUCUUCGAGGUCUCUCAUACAGACAAGGAUGGCCGGGCCAAAUCGGCGGCGCAGCUGUUGGCCUGGCUGGAAGAGCACAAACUUCCAAAACCGCUGCAUCCUGAGGCCACGGAGCAAGGCGCCGACUUUGCCGCCGCGACCGCUCUGGCACCUGGCGCGCCUCCCGGUCGGCCAGGCUGGUCUUGGGAGUAUCACGCCGAGGACGAGCGUUGGGCGGAAGCACAUCUUGGGCUCAUUGCCUUACUGAAGAGCUACAACGGUCGCCAACCACCAGCGUCCCUGCUUCGCGUGGCCAGCUUUGUGGCGCAGAAUUGCCUGCAUGGCUGUGAUCGCUAUCACUUGCUGGUGGAGCGGCUGCACUCGGCGGACCUUCGUGAUGCGACGACGGUGCGUGAGGAAGUCGAGCGCUGGGGGCAACUCUUUGGGAGGAGGAAACAUCUCUUCUGCAAGGACGAGACCUGUGCAGUCUGGCAACUCUUCCAUGUGAUGGCCGGAUCAGUUGCGGCAGCCCAGUUUGGGCUGCGCGUGAACUCGGGUGGCGCCACGGUGGCAGAGGCCAUGGACUUCUUCCGGCAAACCGUGGACCACUUCCUCUUCUGCGGCCCUUGCCGGGAGCAUUUCCUGAACGCCUACGAGGGCUGUUCUUAUGGUCGCUGCGAAGUGCUUGCAUCCAAGCAGGACCAGGCCAAACGCUUGGUGCUUUGGCUUUGGCGCUUGCACAACGGGGUUUCCUUGCGGGUCUUGCGCGAGCAUCCACCCAAAGAGGCGGUGGACCGGCGCUGGCCCACGUACCGCGAUUGCCCAGGCUGUUGGAAUCCCAGAGUUGUCACGGGCGAGGUCAUUGAGGAGGUUCUUCCGGGAGCCCCAUGAGGAACAGGCCACUUGAUCGUUUUCACUCUGGACCGGAGGCUCUUGUUCUGUAGCCCUUCCAGUCUCCAACCUCACUUCGGGCGUUUUGGGGCGAAGAAAUCCUUUCGAGAUCUUUCGGAUGUAUUUCGAUAGAAUGAAUUGAGAUGCCUUCGCCCGAGUAGCUGGGUCGCCGUGUGCCACGUCUUCUGGCCGUGGGCGGCGUGGGCUCCCUUGGAUC